AUGGCGCCUGGUCAUAACAAGAACAGACACAAGGGUGGCGACAAAACAUUACCCCUGUUGAUGAGGGCAGUCAGCACGAAACCAAAAGUCCAGCACGUAAAGCAGGUGGUCUCAGAUGCAAGAAACCAAAGGGAAGAGGACUUGCAGGCAGGGGUGUGGGGCUCUGCUCGUUUAUGGGGGCGAUCAUGGGCAGCACGGCACACUGAGGACGUGAGGGGGGAUCUCAGGCUCCACACCAUAGGACAAAAGGAAGGCAAGAUCCAUCACUAUCUCGACACCUCAAAAGACAAUUGCAACAGUAGAUGUACCGGUAGGAUCAGUAAGAGCUCCUCUUUAAAAAAAGAUGACUGA